AUGUGUAUGUGGGGAGGGAAUAAACGAGAAAAGAAGAAAACAACUAAACAAGGUCACAUGUUUAUGGCAUCGGACGAGGACAAUCAACUCUCGAGCUGCUUUACCAACAGCGAAAUAGAAGAACAGCAUUUCUACACAUCCACCAAACAAACGUACAUUGCUGAUACACUCAUCGAUGAAAGAUUACAAUCAUCAAAAUGA